GAUUGCUGCUGGACGAUAAGUGUUGAGCUUGUCAAUUCACUGUGGAUGGAUGGAACAAUCAGUGGGAGAGUCUAUAUUAGCAGUGGGGUCUAGCACUGAACAAUAAUAUAUACCAUUCUAGGCUGGAUUUAACUAUUUUCUAAUGCUUUAAGAUAUUACGUGUGUGUUUAAUUUCGUCAAAGUUGGCUUUGGUAAUAGAUUUCCAAUGUAAAAUGUCUAAGAUUAUUUUUAUUUGUUAAAUAUUUUUUCAACCUAAAGCUUUACACAAAAUUUUAAGUAAUUGCAUUUGUUUUUAAACAAAAUUUGUAAGUGAUUUUUCAUUUCAAUAAACUUUUGGAGAUAUGCACAAGUCAACACCAAUGGGGGCCACGUGGUUGUCCAACCUUUCGGACUUCCAAGUUCAGGCCAUCGAGGGACUGAAUGUCGCCCUCCAGGACGACGAAGCUGUGGGAACUGUGUACCGAACCCGGUUCUGCUUGAGCCAGCUGGGGGUCAGGCCGAUGGUAAAGAGGCGUAUGUUGCACAAGCUGAUCCUAGCUUGCCGUGGCAGCGACCUGGCCUUUCUCUACUUCCUGCUGGAAGCCUGUUACAAGGCCGCUGGCUUCGAGUACAGCGAACGCAUCAUUAUGUCGGCCAUCACCUACCUGGACCUGGAAAUGACGAUACGCGAGUUGGAUCGCAUUUUGCCGCCGGGCGUGGAGCAGAUAAGCCGCAGAUCAACGACGAUUGCGAGAAAAUUCAUCUUUUCACAGCCCUCAAGUCUCACUGUUCCUCAACAGCCCUCCAAGCCGAAGCCCGUUCGCUCCCCCUAUUUCAUGCCGCUGCCCAAGCCGAAGGUCCGUCUGGCCAACAACUUAUCCAGCCGACCGCCUCGCCACGUGGUCACCUUUCCCUUUUGGCCGGCGGGUGAGCGGCCCAGUUAUAAUGUAAACGAGGAAAGCCGCUGGUUCGCCAAUUACAAGUUCCAGCCCGUGCGGCGAAUGCUCUUAGGGAUGCUGGAUGAGAUCAUGACCGAGUACUGGACCCAGGUGGGUGCAUCAAAAGUCGACGGUGAGGCUCUCCUGUGUGAAUUUCACAAGGAGGCGCGGCGCCAGGAGCAGCUGGUCAAAGAUGCGGCUUUGGUUAAAGCUCAUCAGCUCUGUCUAUCGCUGGUGGACACUACAACGCGCCAUGAUGAAGCCUUAAAGAAACGCAUUGUGGCGCAGCUGGACAAAGAUAUCGAGAAUUGCACCCUGCGCUGGCAGCGACUGCGCCAGCGGCACCUCACGGACGUGACGCUCCUGGAGGACCAUGACCAAAUGUGUGCAAUGGGGAAGGUGCCCACGGCCACUGAGUCGAACAAGGUUAAGUACCUGUUCCACGAGGAGGACAUUGCUAAGCUGAAUAGUUCGCCCACGAUGGGAGUUCACGUGGUCACCGGCCAAAACACCAUCAGUCAAUUAAGCACAGUGCGGGUCUCGGAUCCAAGCGACGAGGCACCCUGCCCAAUAGAGCCGAACGAGGAGAAGCCGGCCAGGUGCCCGCCCAAGCUUUUCGGUCAAAAGAAGCCCAAGCGACGGGUGAGCAUGACGCCAAAACCAGCUGAGGCAGAGCGACCGACGAAGUGCAAGAAGCCCUCGAAUCAGGGCCGCUUUUUUGAGGGGCCUCGAGAGAUCGGCCCCUUCGUGUUUCACUACCACGAGAUCCCGCCGAAGGAGCAAAAUCUAGCACCCAGGGACGUAAUUUGGCGGCAGAUCAUCCGAUCGCUUAGAAAGUCGGCAGGCAGCUUCCCAUCCAGCGAAGAUGUUUACAACGCGCGGAUACAACCGCGGGAACAAGUAGUGGCCGCUAUCGUCCAGUGUGCGGAAGGUAUGUGGUUUGGAUCUCUGGAGGCCCACCAGCGAAGUCAAUAUUCCGAUCUGGAGCAGCCUGACCCUAAACCAUCUUGCGAAGAGAAGACCGCCCUGGAAUGGACCAAGGAAAUAGAGCGCUUUGACCCGGACAAUCUCGAGCAGAUGAAACGUCUGCUCCGGGACGCAUUUGCCAUACUGCGCCAGGAUCCGCGGUGUGUCUUUGCCUGUUUUCCCAACGCUCACGAGUCAACCGUGGUUCUAGAGUGGAUCAAGAGGCGAUACGGAAAGACGUACAGCCAUAAGGAAAUCAACCGGGUGGUACGGCAAAGUCUGCCCUUGUUCUUUAAAUUGGAGCACAAGCUUAAAAUAGUACCCAAAGUCGAAACCAAAGGCAUUAGCAACCGCAAGUACACCUACGCUCAACAUGCCAGUGCAGUGAAGCUGGCCAAUGAGAUAAAGGCCGACUAUAGCGAGCCGAUUAGUAAGAAGAUCCUCAGCGUGGUCCGCGACUGCUUGAAGGCCAUGGAUCCACACCUGCUCACAAGCUCCUCCAUGCUAAAAAGCUUCUAUGCCUAUCUACCCGUUCGGUAUGCGGACAUGAUGCGUUAGGAAGCUCUACCGGUCCCCAGUCCGGGGACUAGGGAAAGCUAUAAAUUUUACAUAUUUAACAUAAUCUGUUAUUGAUUUUUAAGUAUUUUAACGUUUUAAGAAUUUGACAUUACAAAAAGAAUAUAAAGUAAUAUUUAA